GUUUGAAUCCUAGGACCCAAAAUAAGGAUUCUCUAGAGGACGGUGUUUCUACCUCUCCAGACCCAAUGCCAGGCUUCUGUUGCACAGUUGGAGUGGAUUGGAAGUCCCUCACUACUCCUGCAUGCCUCCCCCUCACCACUGACUACUUCCCGGAUCGUCAGGGCCUGCAGAAUGACUACACAGAGGGCUGCUAUGAUCUCCUCCCAGAAGCAGACAUGGACAGGAGGGAUGAGGAGGGUGUUCAAAUGACAGCCCAGCAAGUGUUUGAAGAGUUCAUUUGCCAGCGUCUCAUGCAGGGCUACCAAAUCAUAGUACAGCCGAAGGCGCAGAAACCCAACACCACAGUCCCACCUCCACUGAGCAGUAGCCCACUCUAUAGCAGAGGCCUUGUGUCCCGAAACCGCCCUGAGGAGGAGGGCCAGUAUUGGCUGAGUAUGGGCAGAACUUUCCAUAAGGUGACGCUCAAGGACAAGAUGAUCACGGUGACACGGUAUCUUCCCAAGUACCCUUAUGAAUCUGCCCAGAUCCAUUACACCUACAGCCUCUGCCCUUCCCACUCAGACUCAGAGUUUGUCUCUUGUUGGGUGGAAUUCUGCCAUGAAAGGCUAGAGGAAUACAAGUGGAAUUACUUAGAUCAGUAUAUUUGUUCUGCCGGCUCUGAAGAUUUCAGUUUAAUUGAGUCUCUGAAGUUCUGGAGAACCCGAUUCCUACUACUGCCAGCCUGUGUCACUGCCACCAAGCGCAUCACAGAGGGGGAGGUGCACUGUGACAUCUAUGGGGACAAACCCCGUGCAGAUGAAGAUGAGUGGCAGCUCCUUGAUGGCUUUAUCCGCUUUGUAGAGGGCUUAAAUCGCAUCCGAAGACGCCAUCGCUCAGACCGCAUGAUCCGGAAAGGGACCACCAUGAAAGGCUUGCAGAUGACUGGACCCAUCUCUGCACACUCCCUCGAGUCCGCAGGCCCGCCAGUUGGGAAGAAAGGAACCUCUGCUCUGUCUGCCCUGCUAGAGAUGGAGGCCACUCAGAA